GGACCUCACCAAAGAUUGCACAAUGCUGGAGUACGGCCAUUACUACUAUAGCAGCGAGCAGGGAAUCAGGUAUCUCCCAGUGCCCUCUCCUGCACGGUCGUGUACAACCGGUUCUAAGACGCCUGCUCGAUUGGUUCCGGCGGCCCAACCUUCCCCUGGCAUACGGGAGCAUGGAGACGAGACGGAGAUGUGACGCAUACGGGCACCUGUACCAGGGCGUCGGGGACCACGCGGUGAUGCUGCGGCUCGGCCGUGCCAGUUCAUCAGUCUGAGGACAAACAGACCUCCCGGGCACGCAAAUGGCCGCCGAUCAUCCAAUGCGGGUUCGGACGCUUCGAUUACCAGGUGUUGUGCAGAGACCAAUGUACAUCCAAACCACAGAUUGCAUUGCCCAAAGCGAAGUG